UUAACAUAUGAAGCCUGUAAGCAGUACCUUGCAAGGAACAAUCAGAGGAACCUUUCUCCCAUCGCGGAAACUGAAUGGAGAGCUGCAUAUAAAAAACACGAACUCCGUAAACUCAAAGGAUUAUCAGCUGAGAGACAGGGGCGAAUGGAAGGAACGACUGGCAACAUGACAUCGAAGAGCUGCCCAGAACCCCACCGAGCUCAGUCUGCACGAACUACAUUAUUCAAACAGGAGAAAAAUGGGAAAACCUACAGAAUUCCAGCUCUUAUCUACAUCAGUGAUGGACAGACCUUCCUUGUCUUUGCAGAGGAGCGCAGCACUCCACGUGACAGUGAUGCAAAAGUGUUGGUCGUGAGGAGGGGAUCACCCCAGAAUGGAUCCCUCCAUUGGUCUCCUGCGCAAACGCUCUCUUCUGCCUGUUUGCCGGAACAUCGCUCUAUGAAUCCUUGUCCAGUCUAUGAGAAGAAAUCCAAAACUGUUUUUCUUUUCUUUAUCUGCAUACUGGGUAAUACCACAGAGCAUAACCAGAUUUUUACAGGUAGGAAUCAAGCUCGGCUGUGUUACAUCACUAGUACAGACUAUGGCCAGAGCUGGAGCGGGGUAACAGAUUUAACAAAAAAUGUUAUAGGAGAUGAGAUUAGCAAAUGGGCUACUUUUGCAGUUGGACCAGGACAUGGCAUUCAGAUGAAAAACGGAAGACUAAUCAUUCCAGCUUAUGUUUAUUACAUACAUUGUAGUUGUUGGCCCUUCCAUUUUCCACUCAAUGUUAGGCCUCAUGCUUUGUCCUUCUAUAGUGAUGAUUGUGGUAUCACCUGGCAGAUGGGGGGAAAAGUCCAAAUGAAAUCAUGUGAGUGUGAAAUGGCUGAGAUCAUAGACCAUUCAGAUCGGAGUCAUUUGUACUGCAAUGCUCGUAGUUCAAGUGGCCACAGAGUAGAAGCUUUAAGUGUGAGCAACGGAGCAGCUUUUGACAAAUCUCAUUUUGCACAGCAACUUGGGGAGCCCCGUCAGGGCUGUCAAGGUAGCGUGCUGAGCUUGCCUGUGCCAAAGCCAUCAGAUGAAGAUGACAAGAAACAAAACAAUUGCUCAACACGGUUAGACACAAAGACUUGGUUACUCUAUUGCCAUCCAACUAAUAAAACAAAGAGGGAAGAUCUAGGAGUUUACUUGAAUAAAUCACCCUUGAAUGCUUCUGGCUGGGGCCGGCCAUGGAUCAUCCAUAAGGGUCCCAGUGGAUACUCUGACUUAACGCAGUUUGAGGAGCACUUUGCUUGCCUUAUGGAGUGUGGCGAGAAAAGUGAGAUUGAGGAGAUAGCCUUUGUGCAAUUUGAACUCAGUGAUGUUAUGGAUGCUAGUGAUGAAAGAGCAAGUUAACUUUAUUAAGUUUACCUCGUUUGUAAAAUUUGCUUCUAGAUUAGGAUUUGUAUCUUUAAUCAGUUGAGAAAAUACAGCUGCAUUUUAAAUAAUUUAUUGAAAUUAUUCAUUUAAAUUAUUUGCCAUUAUUUAAAGUUCCAAAAUAUCUUUAAAGCAUGAAAGUGCUUGCAGGAGCCGUGCAGCAAAUUCAGACAGGAAAUGUCUGCUUUUACUGAUGUUGUAAAGCGAAAGUGAAAGAAGUAUACAAAAUAUUGCAGUAUUUAGCCUAUCCAGCAAAAAAUGUUUUGGAAAGUUUUAAACUGAACAUAUACUUUUGAAUUCUGUUAAUUGAUGAAAGAAACAAUUCUUCAUUGUUUUAUCAUUGUAUUUAUACAAGAUUGCAUGAAAGUAUUAUUGUGAUUUGAUUAUGCCUCUAUUGGUAUAAGUUUGGUAAGUGUAAUGACCUAUGCUUUGCCAUGUAGUUAUGUUUUUGCUCUAACAAAAAAAAAAAGAAGCAUUUUCAGAAUUAUUAACCGUAAUUGUAGUAUGGUUGUCACUGUUUAUUUUUACAAAGUCAUGUCUUUUAGCAUUGGAAUCCUCAACUCAAGGCUCAAACUGUAAAUUCUGAAAUGUUACAAUUAGCAUACUGAUUAUACUUCCUUUAAUCAUACUGUUAAACUCUCAAACAUUGGUUUGUAUGUGAUUGUGUGUGUGUGUAUUAUAUAUUUGUUUGUUUUGGUAAAAAGCAUUGCCUGACUGCUCCAUAUCAACAUAUGAACCAUAUUAUUGAGAAAAAAAAAAAAAAAAAUUAUCUGCAAUUUUCACUAUACUAUGAAAGAUCACUUGUUUUUAUAGAAUUUUACAUUGGCCUGUUAAGUAAGGGUUUGCGUUAUCAGUGGAUGGCCAGUACAGUAUUUUUAUUUUUAUUCACUUAAACUGGUUCAAUGAAAAAACAAAUACGAAGUCGAUAUUUAAAAUGUUAAAAAUAAUGUAUUUCUUUAUACCACCUGCUAGUGUCUUGGGGAGUACCUAAAAGUUGUUUUAGUGUUGCAUUUGCACUUUGGUGUGUUAAACACUUAUGUAAUUUUCUUGUAAAUAUCUGUUGCAUCUGUAAGUACUACUGUUGUAAUUAAUUUAAACAUGGUUUAGUCCAAAGAAAUGCUGUUUUCAUGUAGUAUGUGCUGUGUGCCAAAAGAGCCUCAAAAUCUGGUUUUUGCUCUGUCAUUAUGGGUUAUGGAGUGUAGACUGAUGUGAAGAAAAAAUCAUUUAAAGCAUUUUAGCAUAAGACUGCAACAAAACAAAAUGUGAAAAAAAAAUGAAGAGGUCUGAAUACUUUCUGAAUGCACUGUAUAGGGCCAUGCAUUUUCACUGCACUGUUUCCAGAUUAAUGACAUAAAAAUUUCUGAAACUGUU